CAGAGCCAGCCAGGUAAGCAUAAUUCAGGUUGGCAAAUGGAGUCUUGGCGUUUCUCUCUCCUCCAUUGGGGGAAGAGAGAGAGAGAGAAACGGAGGAAAUGACAGACUGGCAUUAAGGAGGUUAAGCAUUCUCUUUCUCUGUCUCUAUAUAUCUUAACUCUUUUUUAAACAUUCUUCAGGUUUUAAUCUUUGUGAUUUUUGAGAUAGGACGAGCCUUUGGUGUUUGGAUCUUCAAGAAAGAGAGACACUUGGGAUUUUUUCGUCACCAUGAGUCUCUUCGGUCUUGGAAACAGAAACCAAAAAACAUUUCGUCCAAAAAAGAGUGCUCCAUCUGGAAGUAAGGGUGCUCAACUUCAAAAACACAUCGAUGCCACGUUGGGUAGUGGAAACUUGAGGGAAGCAGUUAAACUCCCUCCUGGCGAAGAUAUCAAUGAGUGGCUGGCCGUGAACACCGUGGACUUCUUUAAUCAAGUGAAUAUUUUGUUUGGUACACUUACGGAAUUCUGCACACCAAGUAACUGCCCUACAAUGUCUGCAGGACCAAAGUAUGAGUAUCGAUGGGCUGAUGGUGUUACUAUCAAGAAACCUAUUGAGGUAUCUGCUCCAAAAUAUGUUGAGUUUUUGAUGGAUUGGAUUGAAUCUCAGCUAGAUGAUGAAACAAUUUUCCCCCAAAAAUUAGGGGCUCCCUUUCCAUCCAAUUUCCGAGACGUGGUCAAGACAAUUUUCAAACGAUUAUUCCGUGUAUAUGCUCACAUUUAUCACUCACAUUUCCAGAAGAUAGUGAGUUUGAAGGAAGAAGCUCAUCUUAAUACUUGUUUCAAGCAUUUUGUUUUGUUUACUUGGGAAUUCCGUUUAAUUGAUAAAGCAGAGUUAGCACCUCUUGAGGAACUUGUUGAUUCUAUUAUACAGUUAUAGAGUGGUGAUGUUUUCUUUCCCUUCUUUUUUGGGAGUUUAAACAUUGAAAUGUAGGGUAUACAUUUUUGUGCCCUUGUAAGUUGUAAAAUACUUUCUAAAUGAAAUUUUUUUAAUCUUAUGUAUUUGUCUCUUCA